UAUGAAAGUGAUUAUCAUUAAGGAUAAGGAUUGUGAUUAUAGUUAUAGUAAAAAUAUUAAUGAUCAUGAUCACCAGUUGUCAUUUGUUGUCAUCAUUAUUUUGAUUUUGAUUACUCAAAAUUUGUGAUGAGUAUUUAUAAAGGAGCCUGUAAAUAUCUUUUCUUUUACUAAUUUGCUAUCUUGGUAUUUGAUUACAUAUGGGAGUUAUCUGAAAAUAAAAUAAUCAAGUGAUAUGCAAAACUCUCCAUCCACAUUAAAUGGGCACCUUCUCAAUUGUGACUUUACUUCACAAUGAAUAUUGUAUAUAUUCAGAAUUUUGUCGUCAGUAGCCUACUUAUGUAAGCUAAUCAGUAGCUCACAUUUCUGAUGAAGCUACAUAUUUGAAUCUUCAUAUAAAAAAAUAAAAGAAUGAUUGUGCUAUUCUGCACUUCUGUAAGACAACAAAAUUAGUUAAGUGAUUAAGAUAACAUUUCCCACAGGUGUGGCUGGGUAAUGACAGGCAAUUGGUUGACGAGAGAGGAGCCGCAUGCCUUGGCAAGAGCAGGAUGAACAGCAGAAAAAUCCCAAAAACUUACCAGUGUUCGCACUGUUCCUACAGUACUACAAAUCGAUCUGAUAUUGUCAAACAUUAUCGAACCCACACAGGUGUUAAACCAUUUGCUUGUCCACAUUGUUCUUACCAGACUGGUGAUAAGUCAAAUUUAAUGCAGCAUAUACGAAUACAUACUGGUGAAAAACCAUUUUCGUGUCCCUACUGUCCAUACAGAGCUAAUAGGAACAGUAGUAUUAAAAAUCAUUUACGGGUGCACAUGUUUAGUGAGAAGUAUGAAAUUUCAGUUAUAAAGGAAUAUUUGAAAUCCAAGAGGUUAUAUUACGGAGUGAUCAAGACUGAGACUGUCUGUGAAGUUAUCUGCAGUAAAUGCUACACUUGCAAUAUUCAGCAUCCUUUUAAGGUAUGGCUGGGUAAUGACAGUCAAAUGGUUGAGGAGAGAAGAGCUGCAAGCAUUGAGAGGAACUACAUCAACAGCGGAAAGUCAUCAGAUACAUUCCAGUGUCCCCAUUGCCCUUAUGUCUGUUCUACUCGCUCACACUUUACCAAACAUUACCGGACUCACACAGGCGAAAAACCUUUCUCAUGCCCAUAUUGUUCAUAUCAAGCAAGUGACAAAUCAAAUUUAACAAAACAUAUUCGCAUACACACAGGAGAAAAACCCUUUUCUUGUCCUCAUUGUCCAUUUAAAUCAAAUCGAAAUGACAGACUGUUGCAUCAUAUGCGAACUCACUUGUAA